AUGAAGAAUUGUGAGCUUUGUAAUGGAUUAGCUAGGAUUUACUGUGAAUCUGACCACGCGAAUUUGUGUUGGGAUUGUGAUUUGAAGGUGCAUUCAGCGAACUUUUUGGUAGCAAAACAUUCCAGGUCGUUGCUAUGUAACGUGUGUCGAUCGCCGACGGUUUGGUCAGCUAGCGGUGCGAAAAUUGGCCGGACGGUAUCUGUAUGUGAGAGAUGCGUGAAUGAUGAAGAAACUGACAGAGAAGAGGAAGAGAAGGAGGAAAUUGAUUUGGAAGAUAUUCAAGUUGUUCCGUGGUCAUCAACUCCGCCUCCACAGCCGGAGAGUUCGUCCAGUAGCAGCGAUGAAUCGUUAACUGAUUUUUUUUCUUUGAAGCGAAUGCGAAAAGAUGAUGAUAGUGGAACUUUAACGUCACAUCGGGAAGUUAAUAUGCUCUCGCCGGCGACGGAGGAUCAUGGCGGUGACGAAGCAGCUGAGUUUGUAAAGUCAUUUCCGGUGAAAAUGCCUUCAAAGAUCCAGAGAACCGGUGAGAUUCUAUCGGGUCGGGUUGAAAAUAUUGGAUGUUCAGCGACGGUGGAGCUUAUCGGAAGAAUUAAUCGGGGAGGUGGAUAG